AUGGAAGCAAGUGCAGGGUGGAAGGAAAGUGCAAGGGAAGGAACUGGGCAGGCCGCAGAUGGCACCUCAGGCCUCGGCCAAAAGGGGACAGAGAGGAGGCCGAUCGCCGACGUCAUUGCUGGUGACGCACCUCACCUCACCACAGCUCACUUCACCCAGGCUUCAUCAGCAAACACCUCUCUCUUACCUCACAGUCCUCACAUUACUUGCCCUUUACCCUCUACCGAGUUUUCGGGCUAG